ACGGAGACAAGUCUCGCGAGAAGUCCCUCCGCACCCAUUGCACACCGGUCCAUCGUUGGAGAUAUCGCGAUAUUUGUUCUUGGCUGCUUCCGGUCAGAAAGGACAGAGGGGUAGCUGCGGUAGGGAAGGAAGAAGAAGAAGAGGUGGUGGUGGAGUUUGUAAGCCUGGUUAUUAUUAUUAGACGUGGUCAUAAAAGCAUCUUUAAGAAAAUACCAUGGGAAACAUCUUUGGGAACCUUCUGAAGAGCCUACUUGGGAAGAAGGAAAUGAGGAUACUCAUGGUGGGACUUGAUGCUGCAGGAAAGACCACCAUCUUGUACAAACUAAAGCUUGGAGAAAUUGUGACUACUAUACCCACCAUAGGAUUUAAUGUGGAGACUGUGGAGUACAAGAAUAUCAGCUUUACUGUGUGGGAUGUGGGCGGCCAAGACAAGAUUCGCCCACUAUGGAGGCAUUACUUUCAGAACACUCAGGGGUUAAUAUUUGUGGUGGACAGCAAUGAUCGAGAGCGAGUGAAUGAGGCCCGUGAAGAACUGAUGAGGAUGCUGGCAGAAGAUGAGUUGAGGGAUGCAGUGUUGCUUGUUUUUGCCAACAAACAGGAUCUGCCCAAUGCUAUGAAUGCUGCAGAGAUAACAGACAAGCUGGGCCUGCAUUCUCUCCGCCACCGCAACUGGUACAUCCAAGCAACUUGCGCUACCAGUGGAGAUGGUCUGUAUGAAGGGCUGGACUGGCUAGCCAACCAACUGAAGAACAAGAAGUGAAAGCGCCAGUCCCACUAUGUCUUCAGCGUGCGCCUGACUCUUCUUCCCACAUCCUUACUCUGCUUCUCCAGCCAGACCAGGUUGGGGUUGACUCCUGGUACAGACCACACAAUCCCUCCUACUUCUCUUGGUUCCACACUUGCUUUUGUUGCCGUUUUGGUUUGGGGUGUUUUAAUCAGGUGCCGUGUUUCUCCUGGUUCAUCAAGCUGCUGUUCCUUGCUGUUUUCUUUGUUCUUUGAAGAUAUUGGGUGGGAGCGGACAAGUGAGUAUUCAGCCCCUUGUGGACAGGGUUGGUUAGAGGAAAGGAAUGGGAGCAGUGCUGUUUUGUGUUUACCGUAUGUUGUGUGGAAGCUCCCUUUGCACAUGAUUGUGGGAAUGUGUUUGGCUUCUUGUAUUUGGUUUUAAAUCAUUCUAUUUUCAGCACUUCGUCCAAAAUGGUUUAAAUAGUGAAAUAAGGAUUAUAAUAUAUAUAAUAAUUUAUUCUCUCUGGGAAAGAUACAAUAAGCUUGGGUUCUGAUAUUAUUUUAGAGUACUGUGCAUUAGUGCAGCAGAGCAGUUUUAAUAGAUGACCAAACCACUGGGGAGCAAAAAGAGAAAUUUAAGGUGCAAUAAAGAAUGGCAAUAUAUUCCUUGUAGUGUAGGCUUCCCACCGGGAGGGACACUCCUUGCUUGUAUGUUUCACAAUUGCUUUAUCAGUGAGAAGUUUCUUCUGUGAGACAAUACAGUAUUGUGCAACAAUUACGGAGUUAAUUAAGGAGUAACCCUCCCAGCAGCAAGGGUGCUUAUACUUUGGGACUUUACUAUAUACAGGCUUUUUUUUUUACUGUGGCACUUGUUUUGAAAAUACUUCUCUCCAGUAUUAAAUAUUGAAAUCGUUUUUUUGUUUAAAGUUUUUUUAACAUGUUAAUCCCAUGGUUUUGUCAUUCCAACUUAAACUAACAGUACUAAAUGUUUCAAAUGUAGGUUGCAGCGCUUACUUAUUUGCAUGAGUAAAUAAGGUUUAAACUUU